GAGCGUUAUAAGGCGCGGACCCGGGACUCCUGACACUCCUGAGACUCCACGCUCCGAGCUGCGAGGGACCGGCCGCCCGCAUGGCCUCAGCCCGCCGCCUCAACGGAGCCUGCCUGCUGCUUGUCUACGCGGGCCUGCUGGCCAACGCCGCGGGCCUCGACCUCCCGGACCCCGCUGCGCCCACGGGGAGCCACGCCCGCGAGGAGCCGCCGCCCGGGAACGAGCUGCCGGUGGACCCCGGGGACGGCCGCGCCGGGACGGCCGCCCGCCCGCCGGAGCCUCUCACCGACCAAGUGCACAGCAUCGACCCACGGGACGCCUGGAUGCUUUUCGUCAGGCAGAGCAACAAGGGUGUCAAUGGCAAGAGGAGGAGCAGGACCAAGGCCAAGAAGCUGAAGUUUGGCCUGCCAGGGCCCCCUGGGCCUCCUGGCCCCCAGGGCCCCCCAGGCCCCAUCAUCCCACCUGAGGCUCUACUGAAGGAGUUCCAGCUGCUGCUGAAAGGCGCCGUCCGGCAGCGCCAGCGCGAGGAGCCGGAGCCCUGCGGCGUCGGCAGGCUGGCAGCCUCGAGCCUGGUCUCGGGCCCCGCGGCCGGGGACGACGACCACGAGGACGACGAGGAGGCGGGCGGCAUGCUGGCUCUGCUGGCUGCGCGUCUGGCCCCGGGCCAGCGGGCGCCGCGCGUGGAGGCCGCCUUCCACUGUCGCCUGCGCCAGGACGCGUCGGUGGCGCGGCGCGCGUUGCACGAGGUCGGCGUCUACUACUUGCCUGACGCCGACGGCGCCUUCCGCCGGGGCCUGGGCCUGAACCUGACCAGCGGCCAGUACACGGCGCCUGUUACCGGCUUCUACGCGCUUGCAGCCACGCUGCACGUGGCUCUGGCGGACCAGCCGAGGCGAGGGCCGCCGCGCCCCCGGGACCGCCUGCGCGUGCUCAUCUGCAUCCAGUCCCGGUGCCAGCGCAACGUCUCCCUGGAAGCUGUCAUGGGCAUGGAGAGCAGCAGCGAGCUCUUCACCAUCUCAGUGAAUGGCAUCUUGUAUUUGCAGAUGGGGCAGUACACCUCUGUCUUCCUGGACAACGCCAGUGGCUCCUCUCUCACGGUGCGCAGCGGCUCCCACUUCAGUGCUGUCCUCCUGGGUGUGUGAGUAGCCACCACAGGCCCUUCCUUUCGCCAAGCAAAUGAAGCAGAGUCUGAACAAUGUCUAGAUGGUGUCAGAGUGGCAGUGGCCACAUGCAAGAGGUGGCCCACCCAGAAAUCUGCCCACACUGGCCACUGUAGUUCAGCACAGAGACAGCCACUACAGGCAGGCCUGCGGAGGCAACGUGCAAGGUGCUGGUCCCAGAACCAGGGCUGAUCUUGGGCUGCCAUCCUUCAAAGGGGGAAAUGUCCUGCUGCACUGUUAUCCUGGAGAUGGUCAGCUUGCCCAGAUGGCCUCAGCUUUGUUCCUAUGGCCCAACCCCCACCUUUCUUCAGAUUUUCAUGGACAGCAGGGAGCACUGGUGGGGCUGCUACCUGGGAGAGGAUCAGCCUAUGCAGGGCUGCCAAUGGGAAGUGAGCUGUGAAUCCACACUGCUUAGUGGGAAUCCAAGCCACCUGGGCUCCCUGGUUCUGUGCCUGCUCCUGCCCCACUGUGCUUCUACAGCUGGUGCUCAAGGCACUGCUUGGUUGCAGUGACCACAGAACCCAUGACUCCUGCUGGGGGCCUCAGCACAGCAGCCUUGGGGGCCAGAAGGACACUGGGAGGACAGUGAAUCUGGGCCCAACUUCUAUGAGCUGUUUGAAUUUCUAAGGCAUGCAAGAUCACCACACAAGUUCCUCACAGGUGGCCUUUCCAGAUGGGAGCCAUGCUCUUUUCUCUCUGUAAAUCUCUUCACAGCAAAGGCCCCUUUCACCCUCCCCAGAGGCCAACGGGAGGCUCUGACUCACCAAAUGGAAGAUCUAGAGUGUCUUUGCAGAUUAGAGAUAGCCAGUCUUGCUGACCCAUCUGACAGCCGACUGCUCCUGCUGCAUGAACGGCCUGGCUGGGCCCAGAGGCUCUAGGAUGCUCCUUCAAAGCAACUUGCCUACUUGGGUGCAGUGUGGCUCUGAGCUCAGACAGUGCUGGCAGUGGCCUUGGGAAGGCUGGUGCCCAGCCUGCCACACUUGUGGCAGUGAUGAGCACAGAGGAGGGUGGCCCGUUCCUGUGAGAAGACACAGGGCUGUCCUCCUGCAGCUUGCUUAAAUGUGGCCUCCCACACUUUUCCAGGGUAGGUAGUGCAAAGGACAAGGGCCUUAGGAGCUACCUCUAGUGCCUCCCCCACCAUUUCACCCAGAGACCUAGAGACACAGGACCUCUGGGGAGUCCAGGUGCUUAGGCCUGGGAGUGGAGGCAGGAGCCAGUCACCUUAACCUUCUAGCUGGUCUCCAGAUGAGGUGACCAUAGCCAGGCCUGAAUGACUGACAGGAGUCCAGGUGCUAUCCCCCCAAGCACAGUAAUACACACGAACUGGCCCUUAACUUUGUGCCCUUGAGCAGGCCUGGCCCGAUUCUCAGUAGGACUUGUACCCACCCUACCAGGAAGUGCUGGGCUGGCCUGAGUGCUGCAUCCCCAAGAAGUCUGAUAAGGGCGCUGUGUGGCCACACCCUUCUCUGGAUUUCACUUGUAUCUAGGGGGCACAUAUUUUAGAGAAUUUAUCUUUUACCCUUGAUAAAGUCACAUAUCCACAUCUCUUUCAUUUUCUCAACAUAAGGGUGUUAUACAGCAGUCUGCUGAAGUAUUUAUUAUAUGAUGUAACCAGAUGGAAUGUAUUUAUAUAGCUUACUUUAUGGAGUGGUUUGAAUACUUAAGAACCUCUGACACGGCUACAGAGUUGUAAGAACAAAGGGCAAGCCUUAAGAGAUGAAACCUUACUCUUUCUGUCUAGUUCUCUAGGCACAGUGAGGCUGACCUCUGGAAGGCCAGGUGGAGAGACGGCCUCCUGCCUCUGGGUGGGCGGACCCCCUUGAAGGUAGGGAAGUGGGCUUUGCCAGGGAAGCCACAGUGCCACGCCUCUCCCAGUCUGGGGACAGUGGCCCUUACAGACUGAUGCCUAGUUUGCUGUAAGAAGGUAU